AUGUCUACUCUCCUUCUAGCAUACCCACCAGCCAUGCCGUCUCACGGCUCCAAUUCUCAAUCUCUCUCCACGUCCUCAUCCGUCUCUUCAUCCUCAUCUGCCUCCUCCCUGUUCGAUGAUAUCUCUAGGAACUCCAGUGCCGACCUCAGCGACUACACGCCUUUCCACUCUCCCUUCGCGUCACACACUCCGAUGUUUGAGGAGCAGGUCUCCUCUCAUCACCACAACACUCUGGAGCCAUAUGCGCUUCACCUGGACGAGUCCAAGGACGUCAUCGACAUCUUACGCGAGAGGCUCCUCAAGGCUCAACCGUCUUCUGCCGUUGAACGUGCGCUCAAGGUUAUGGCAAGUCGCUCGUGUACGCCUACGGUCUCAAAUAAAUUGGUGCCCCCUAUCGUGGUUAUAUCGUCGCCUCAGGAAUCCACUGAAGACUGGUCGGAGGACUUUAUUUUGGAUGAUAGUAUACAGAUUAAUAAUGAUACUGGGGCAUAUCACAAAGGAUCUCCUGUUGAGCUCAUGGACGUCGAUCAUCAUCAUCUGAGUGUCCCCUCUUCAUCAUCAACUUCAUCGCUCAAGGAGCAAACCCCACUUUCCUUCGACGCCGUGUAUGACCUCGCAAUGUCUCGAGUGAUGACGAGGUCUGUGAGUGGUCUUGGUAUCGUUUUUGAUCAGUUGGAGUCUUCUUGUCUUUCGCCGGAAGCUUCUUACCCUGUGCCUCUGUCUUCUUUUCUUGAUCUUGAGCCUUCUUCUCCUGAGCUUGGUUCGUCCUCCCCCUCUAAUCCUGAUUUAACAAUGGUCGACGCUGCGGACCUGGACCUCCUCGUUUCGCCUUUCGAUCUCGCAACUCCUAUGUUAUCUGCCAACGCGCCAGUCCAUGUCAACCAACCUCGUUCCUUCGAUGUUACUGUUCAUGAAGAUGCGCCACAAGAACAAAUACGCAAAAAGUCCUCCAAAUGCGGCUCAUACAGAUCACUCCUUUCCCGUGGGCCUAUGCCAAUGUCGGAGUUCCUGAACGCCUGUUCUCGCCUAUCUGCUACUUCCCCCUCAACCGAACUAUCAGUCUCUGUACCCUCUACCCAGAUCGCGUCUACCGUCGUUCGCCCUCGUCUAGCUCCUACUGUUCUUCAAGAUAUUAUUUCUCCUAUCGUCGCUUUGCCAACUCCUCGCUUCGCACCUAUGCAACACCCUAUGAUUACUGCAACUAUGCAACACCCUAUGAUUACCCAAGUCGAAACUGCCGACAUCGCCCAGUCUGAUAUGACCCCGACUAACAAAAGAUUAACUACCCAAGAAGCUGAUAAGCUCUGUUCUCGCAUUCAAGCGUUACAGCAAUCUCAACAACAACAACAAGACUCUCCACGCGCUGCCUCUCUCUUUUCCUCUCCUACUUUGAACUCGGACUCGCCUCUGUCCUCUGCGCUAUCUGGGGGGGGCGAAGCUUCGCCCGUUCCUGAAUUCGUAUAUAAUACUCAACCGCAUCCUACUUUCGAACUCACUCUACCUCUUCAAGGUCCCUCCAGCUUCCAGGAAGUCUCUGUCUGGUCUGACGACGAAGAUGAUGAUGAGAUUGAGGAAUCAUCCACUCUACCCCUUCAAGGUCCCUCCAGCUUCCGGGAAGUUUCUGUCUGGUCUGACGACGAAGAUGAAGAUGAGGUUGUAGAAUCAUCUGACGACACACUCACUCCCCUUUCUGAAGAAGCAGAAGAAGAAGAAGAGUCUCCGACACCGAUUACCUUUGUGACACUCUCUAGAUUCCCAAGGCGCCGUCUUUACAAUAUUGUCGAGGUGGACACGCCACCGCCAUCGCCUCCCGUCGUCCACUCUCGUGUAUCACUCUCAGCUAUUCGUCGACCCCUCGCUUGCUCGAACGUGUCGAAGAAGAGCAAAUCUUUGCAGCCACUCGUUUCUCACGUUAAUGCUCCUGGCCAUUCUGCCGGCUAUACCCCUUCGCCAGUCAGCAAUGGAUUCUGA